AUGGGAAAAUGGAGGAUAGACCAACUUGUUGAUUCGAUUCUUCGGCACGAACCGUUGAGCUUCAUGGAUGACUAUUCAGGCUAUAAUCAGAUCCCAAUGCACCCAAUAAAUGAAGAGCAUACGCCCUUUACAACAGAUCGAGAUCCAUAUUGCUACAGAGUGAUGUUCUUUGGGUUGAGAAAUACGGGGACUGCAUAUCAGAGGUUGGUAAUAGGAUGUUUGCUGACCUUAUUAGAAAAACAGAAGAGGAGAUACAGGAUGAGGCUUAAUCUCCUUAAAUGUGCCUUCAGAGUUGCUUCAAGGAAAUUUCUAGGUUAUAUGGUCAAUCAGAGUGGCAUUGAGGCCAACUCAGAGAAGAUCAGAGCUUUAAUUGAAAUGAGAUUGCCUCAAAAGCCCAAUGAGAUACAGUUUGAUUGGGUGCAUAGCAGCCUCGAGUCACUUUGUCUCAAAGAAAUGGAACCGCCAGAACGCCCACAUGGAGCCUCUUCAUGGACGGCUCCUCUGGGGAACCUUCUAGCAAGCCUCAGAUUAGCCAUAGAGAUGCAAGUGAAAAGGUUGGUCAUCAAUAAUGAUUCACAACCAGUGGUCAACCAAGUUAAUGACAGUUUUUUGGGUCAAAGAUAA